UGAACUGGAGAACAGUGAUGGAAAAUACUAUAGGAAGGAAUGGCUGCAAGAGAGAUACCAGGAAUGAAGAGAGGGGUUGAGAUGAGGUCUUUAUAAAGAAAGUCGACCUGGACACUAAGACUCCAGUCGAUGUUGCCAAGGCAGUCAGGGACUUAAGCUCAGAGUUGUAUUAUAAGAUGCUGCCUGAAUUUGAGACAAAUGGAUUUCUUGAAAAUUUGUUUUACAUCGCAUUUUGUGUUCAAGUUGGUAAUUUUGAAGCAAUGAUGCAGAAAGCACAUUCUAUAAAAGGGAGCGGAGGCUACGCAGGGGCUUCUAGAGUGUGAGAAGACUGUUAUUGGAUCCAGUAUUCGUUUGAACGAAGGGCUUAUGUUGAUAUGAUGAAGUAUUACCUCAGAUUGGUAGAGCACUCAGCUCAGUUCCGAAUACAUUGGCGUAAGAGGUACUUUGAGCAUCUUGGUACAACAUAUGUAGAAAAACCUGACCAUUGAGAAGUUCCUCUGCCUUUCGGAUGGAGUCUGGAACGAGUUGCAGAUGAAGAAUUCAAAGUGUAUUACCCUGACGACUAUUUAUCCCUAGCCCUUGAGGCAGAGAGAUCUGGUAAAAAGUAUAUCAAAUAAACAGGAAGAUAAAAUACAUAUCGAAUACGAUAACUUAAGCCAAGAGUCUCUACCAUUUCCAAGCAGUCGUUCAUACGAUGGACGAUCUUCUGUGUAUAAAUCAUUCGAAACUCCAAUCUUGCCAUUACACAUAAACCAGAAUCUGGCUCCUAAUGACGUCAGUGAUCUUGACGCGCUAAACUUAGAUAAUGACUUAUGAAAUAACCCCGAUAAAAUAAAGAGUCAGCCUCAGAAUCUGAAAUGUAGGAGUAAGUCGCAACUGUCAUAACAGGAUUGUGUAAGCUUUUAUAGAAUUCGUCAAAAAGGUAAGCUCCAAGAACUUGGGAAAUAGCUUAUUGGCAGUUUCACAUCCGUAUUGGCAGACUGUCACUUGAUGUGUACUAACCAAUGGUAGCAUCAACACCUUCAAGGAGAAUUUUUAGGGAGAAUGAUGGGUCCCAAUACUCUUAAUUGCCUCCUUUAAGGCUUUAUAUGGUGAUGUGAGAAAAAAUACCUGGAUACAAGCAAGAAGGGAUUGGGGAAAUAGGUUAAUCCUUUGGCAAACUAGACAA